UGGGUGGAACUUUGACCAUCCACCAGUUAGCUAAAUUAUUUCAAAGCGUAGCACUUACUGUCACUUUUGUUUUUUCAUAUAUGUGUUUUAUUUUACAUGAAACGAGAUGUGGUUUAUUUAUUUACUAAGUUGGCUGUCGUUGGUGAUACAAAUAUCUUUCGUCACACUAGCAAUUGGUGAGUUUACUUGUACAUGUUGAAGUUGUUAGCCAGCUGUAACUACAGUAGUUAGCUAACAUCGCCACAUUCCCUUCUUUAUUUUCCCACCCCGCCUAGUAUUGAUACCUGUCACUUUGGCCUCGGCUCGGAGUGCUGCAAGCAAAGUGACACACAAUCGACAAUGUAGCGGACGAAACUUUAUACUACUGACUUGCUAGGAUAGUAUUAACCUUGUAGCUAACUAGUUAGCAAUGCACACAGUGUGGCAAAUUCCCAUAGCUAGCUUGCUAGCGAGCUAACAGAAGCCAACUCAAUCAGGUAACUAGCUAGCUAUGGUUCACGUUUAAGCUAAUCAACUAAUACUUUUCACGUGCAACGUUAGUAACCAAUCAUUUGACAUUAAACUAGCCAACAAGUCGUUGCCUAUGUAACGAUAACCACUCAUCUCGUCUUGCCUCAACCAUCCUGCAACUUGUGAUAAAGCUAACUAGCUAUUGUUAGCUAGCUACCGAAAUAGCUAACACCUGUACGUUGUCAUUGGGACAGUUCAUUUUGCAUGGCCCGGUGCCCCGGUUGGGUGGAUAUUUAAUUUAAGAACCAAUGGAAUAGUCUAAAAUGUGAAACUCAGCCGACCCGGGGCACUGGGCCAUGCAAAAUGAACAAGUGCUAGUGGCCCAUGUUGUUGUGCAAGUGGCUAAUUGUAUUAGCUAACUAGCUAUCUAUCUUACUAGCUCGCUAACUAUAUUUUACCACUGUUUACAAAAGUACUGCAACGUUAUUGUAUAGCCAAUAAUAUCACGCAAGCCACCGAACUUCAUAGAAGAUCAAUAGUUGGAGAGGAAUUUCUAGCACGGAACUGUUGCCCUGUCCUGUCCACGUUGGCACUUUCAGAAACUCAUAAAGUCAUCUCACCUGGCCACGUUUAACUGCUGCCAGCUCGAUCUGGCGUACCUGUGGAGGAUGGGUUGCAACAUUCCAUUGCGUAUUGGCUCGAAUCGUCAAUGAUUUAUCUUCUCAAUAAAAAAAGCAUAUGCCGCCUUUAUCUCCAUCAAAUAGAUUAUUGUACAGUAGCAUAUUAUUUAUGGGAGAUGCCUGGUUUAUGCCCUUAAAAAAAAAUCAGUCUACUAGGCUAGUAGGCUUAGCUAUGCAGAUGGCUUGAUACAUUAUAUACAGUGGGGAGAACAAGUAUUUGAUACACUGCCGAUUUUGCAGGUUUUCCUACUUACAAAGCAUGUAGAGGUCUGUAAUUUUUUAUCAUAGGUACACUUCAACUGUGAGAGACGGAAUCUAAAACAAAAAUCCAGAAAAUCACAUUGUAUGAUUUUUAAGUAAUUAAUUUGCAUUUUAUUGCAUGACAUAAGUAUUUGAUCACCUACCAACCAGUAAGAAUUCCGGCUCUCACAGACCUGUUAGUUUUUCUUUAAGAAGCCCUCCUGUUCUCCACUCAUUACCUGUAUUAACUGCACCUGUUUGAACUCAUUACCUGUAUGAAAGACACCUGUCCACACACUCAAUCAAACAGACUCCAACCUCUCCACAAUGGCCAAGACCAGAGAGCUGUGUAAGGACAUCAGGGAUAAAAUUGUAGACCUGCACAAGGCUGGGAUAGGCUACAGGACAAUAGGCAAGCAGCUUGGUGAGAAGGCAACAACUGUUGGCGCAAUUAUUAGAAAAUGGAAGAAGUUGAAGAUUACUGUCAAUCACCCUCGGUCUGGGGCUCCAUGCAAGAUCUCACCUCGUGGGGCAUCAAUGAUCAUGAGGAAGGUGAGGGAUCAGCCCAGAACUACACGGCAGGACCUGGUCAAUGACCUGAAGCGAGCUGGGACCACAGUCCCAAAGAAAACCAUUAGUAACACACUAUGCCGUCAUGGAUUAAAAUCCUGCAGCGCACGCAAGGUCCCCCUGCUCAAGCCAGCGCAUGUCCAGGCCCGUCUGAAGUUUGCCAAUGACCAUCUGGAUGAUCCAGAGGAGGAAUGGGAGAAGGUCAUGUGGUCUGAUGAGACAAAAAUAGAGCUUUUUGGUCUAAACUCCACUCGCCGUGUUUGGAGGAAGAAGAAGGAUGAGUACAACCCCAAGAACACCAUCCCAACCGUGAAGCAUGGAGGUGGAAACAUCAUUCUUUGAGGGGAGGAUGGAUGGGGCCAUGUAUCGCGAGAUCUUGGCCAACAACCUCCUUCCUUCAGUAAGACCAUUGAAGAUGGGUCGUGGCUGGGUCUUCCAGCAUGACAACGACCCGAAACACACAGCCAGGGCAACUAAGGAGUGGCUCCGUAAGAAGCAUCUCAAGGUCCUGGAGUGGCCUAGCCAGUCUCCAGACCUGAACCCAAUAGAACAUCUUUGGAGGGAGCUGAAAGUCCGUAUUGCCCAGCGACAGCCCCGAAACCUGAAGGAUCUGGAGAUGGUCUGUAUGGAGGAGUGGGCCAAAAUCCCUGCUGCAGUGUGUGCAAACCUGGUCAAGACCUAUAGGAAACGUAUGAUCUCUGUAAUUGCAAACAAAGGUUUCUGUACCAAAUAUUAAGUUCUGCUUUUCUGAUGUAUCAAAUACUUAUGUCAUGCAAUAAAAUGCAAAUUAAUUACUUAAAAAUCAUACAAUGUGAUUUUCUGGAUUGUUGUUUUAGAUUCCGUCUCUCACAGUUGAAGUGUACCUAUGAUAAAAAUGACAGACCUUUACAUGCUUUGUAAGUAGGAAAACCUGCAAAAUCGGCAGUGUAUCAAAUACUUGUUCUCCCCACUGUAUAUAUUUUUCCUGUGCGACAUAAAUGUGCAUCUCUGUAAGCUUAGAUGAUAACACUAGUUUCAAAGUGAUAGUCAGUGAACCAACUUUUGUCACAUAGGAUUUUAGGAGAGAAAAACAAUAGCCUAUCUUAUUUGACAGUUAAUAAUAGACAGUGUCUAUUUAGCAACUGUCAUCAGCAAUAACGCAAUCUUUACUAAUAACCGGUAAAUUAAGAUAGACCAUGUGGAUGGAAUGCUAUUUUUUUGGUUGCCUCUGGUACAUUCUAAUGCCUUCAUUCCAUCUGAAAUCCACAGCGAAAUUAUUGAAUACUUUGAGUUUAUCUCCCAGAUUGGAAACAUGCGUUGUGGUAUUGUGUUUACAAUCUAAAUUACUGAAAAUAUCGUGUUUUUCUAAGUAAGGAAACAUUAAACCUUUUAUAUUUAUUUAUAUUUAGUCUUCUCUUGAGAUUAAAGUAUUUUACUGCAAGAUAUGAAUUGCCACAAUUAUGUUUGUUGUUAAAAUUAUGUAUUUUAUUAACUGAAAUGAAAUUAAUGUAUUUUUUCAAGAUAAUUUUGACUAUUUAAGGUUCAAUUUAAAAUCAAAUGAAUUGUGUGAUGGGCACUUUUUCAAAUGGAAAAAUGUGUCUGUAAAGUUAAGAGAACAGACACUCAAUGAAGUUCUGGGUCCAUACGUGUUGAGCAGAGCGAGAGAGAACGACUUCAGUUAAAUUAGUGAAAUAAUUUCAAUGCGUUUUUGCAACUCUGUGAAUUGCAGUAUGUCAUUUAUAAAAAUAAAAAAAACGUGUUUUUAAAACUGACCCAUAGAUUUCUUAUUAAAGGCUUCAAGCUUCCUUUUAAGAGGCAUUUUCUCAGAUUGAAGAAUGACACAGGUGUUAAUCAUGGGCUUUGCUACACAGAAAGCAGUUGUCAACACUUUGAAUAAAUCAAUAUCUUUGAAAAUACCAUAUCAGUAUCAUUAGCUUUUAAAACAAUUCAAUAUGUUUUCUUUUAUCAUAUUUUGGACCAGAGUGAGGCUCUCUCUCCACUAGUCUACCUAUUGUUCCUGCAGUGAGGAGGGUUCAUCAUCUUCAUCCAAUGUUUUCAUCAUUUAUCUGCAGAUAAUCGCCCAAAAAGCCUACAAGUAUGCAAAUUAGGGAGCCAAAUGAAAGGCUCUCUUACUGAUGCGAUUCGCUAGGCUACUGACGAGUCACUGUCUGGCAAGUCCUGAUAGACUUCAUAUCGAAAAUACAAACAAGAUCUUUAGUUUACUUGUCCCGAUGCGAUACCAUGGACAAUAAACUACGUUGUAUGAUUUAUGAAUGGCAAGGAUAUACGAGAUCGACUUUAUUCAGUCAGUUCGACACCAUUUAUAAACUAGUCAAGCUUGCUGUUCGUCAAUCAAAUCACAAUAAGACUUAGCUCUCGAAAAUCCAUCUCCAUAUGUAGGGUUUUCAGCCAUUCCAUCCGGCCACAUUUGGCUCUGCAUAAACUACAAUUUCGCCGCUGUGUUUGAACGUUUAGAAACGGCAAUAAUCAUCGCUUUCUAAACGGUUUUUCUAAACAUACUCUUAUGCCUCUUAUCUUUCAUGUCAGUGAGAAAUAAUCUUUCAAAUAAAAAAAUUAACUCUUACUGUAGCAGUUUUGCACAGAUCCAUACACUGUGUGCUUCCAGGUGACGAACUACACUUCCUGCCCAGUUAGCUUACAUUUGACAUUUGACAUAUUUAGCAGACGCUCUUAUCCAGAGUGACUUACAGUUAGUGAGUGCAUACAUUUUUGACAGGUGCCUGUCCUAUCAAUAGAUCGCUUGAAAAUUCUUAUCGUUCAUUCUAGCUGGAGAGGGCUCAGCAGACUUUUUUUUUUCUGACCUGCGAAUUAAAAAAGUAGCCUAGUUAAUUUAAGUGGAAAAAGUACCCAGCUGAAAAUGAGCGUGUAACCGGCUGUAUAGCUGACAGCCGGCGCUAGUGGAAAACUCUGGUCUGUGUGUAGAAGGGCGGGCGAGUGGGGAGUGCCUUGCCUUGCAUGACGAGAUGCAGUGCCCUCCUGUGUGCUUGCCAGGGGUGUCUGUGUGUCACCCCCUUCUCUUUGACCUAAAUAUUUUGACUUGUUUUAGUGCCAUUGCCUCAAGUAGCCUCUUACAUUCUAGUCAUUUAGCAGACGCUCUUAUCCAGAGCGACUUACAGUUAGUGAGUGCAUACAUUUUUUCAUACUGGCCCCCCGUGGGAAACGAACCCACAACCCUGGCGUUGCAAGCGCCAUGCUCUACCAACUGAGCUACAGGGGACCUCUUCUGGAAGCAUGUUAGUAAAUGUCUGCUUCUAUCUAGGCUACCUUCAGUUUUUCAGGGGUUAUUUUGGGUUUUGUGUGUGUGUGUGUGUGUGUGUGUGUGUUUGCUUGUUCAUAUAUUGAGCUCAUCUCUGGUAUGUUACUGUGCAGUCUAUAGACGGGUUAACUGACAAUGUCACGAAAACGAUGCACACUGUUCAAUGGGGCAGAAGUCCGUGUGUUGCGAUUCUGAACGGUCAGAUAGCUAGCAACCAUGACAAGAAGCUGCCAUGUGGGGAAUCGUAGGAGUCUCAUUUAAUGUAGUUUUAUCUUGUUCUUGACACCAUGUCUUGUUUUGAGGUGUUUUUACUGAUGGCAAAAAUUCCCUAGCUAGCUAACCAACAACUGUAACAAUGUAUUUGAGAGACAACAAGUGCUCAUUGUGCAAUUUUAUUUAUGUUUUCAAUAAAGAUUGGUGACAAAAUCUAGUUUUCAUGUUGUCAACAGUCUAAGCCAACCCUGUCUGGUUUACCCUAUAGUUGCGCACGCAUCGGUUUUGUUGCUAAACAACCAACCCAUCUAUGGGGCGGCAGGUAGCUUAGUGGUUAAGAGCGUUGUGCCAGUAACCGAAAGGUCGCUGGUUCUAAUCCCCGAGCCGACUAGGUGAAAAAUCUGUCGAUGUGCCCUUGAGCAAGGCACUUAACCCUAAUUGCUCAUGUAAGUCGCUCUGGAUAAGAGCGUCUGCUAAAUGACAAUAAAAUAAAUAAAUGUAUGGACAAGCUGGUAAUGCAUUUAGUUUGUUGUUGUUGUUUUUUGGUUGUUUGUUAGUGUGUCUCUCCUCCUCCUCCCCCAGCUGCUGGCCUGUAUUAUUUGGCAGAACUAAUAGAAGAAUACACAGUUGCCACUAGUCGAAUAAUAAAGUACAUGAUACUGGUGAGUAGUGUCUCUUGACUGAUAUCAAAUCCAACACAAUGCAAAUCAUUUCCUCUAUUAGUACCUGGAUUUAGAAUGUCAAGGAACUGACUUCUCUGACAACUCUACCUGACCAGGAGAAACUCCAAACCCUAGUUAUAGCCUAUAAGGUCCAGAGUUUUUCAAGAUCAUCUGAUCAGGGAAAACCCCUGGCCCUUAUGUCCUGUAACCUUGACUCCCAGUCCAGAUGUUUUGAAGUACUAGCGAACCCCUGCUCUGUGCAUGCAUCCUCUCUAGUUCUCCACAGGUGUGCUGACGGGGCUGUACCUGUUUGAGGGCUUCCCAUGGCUGAUGAUGGGCUGUGGUCUCUUCACCAACCUGGUGUACUUUGGCCUCCUGCAGACCUUCCCUUACAUACUGCUGAGCUCACCUAACUUCAUCCUCUCCUGUGGUGAGCAUCAGAAACAGGCAGCUACAGAGACAGGAACCAGUGUGUAGUGGGGAUAGCUUCUCUAUGUAUAGACGUCUAUGUACAAUAUGCUGGGACAGGAGUGUUUACCUGAUCACGUGAUCUGAAACAACAUGUUCAGGAGUUUUAACAUCUCUCUCUCUCUCUCUCUGUCUGUCUCUCUCUCUCUCUCUGUCUUUCUGCCUGUCUCUGUCUCUGUCUGUCUCUCUCUCUCUGUCUCUCUGCCUGUCUCUGUCUCUCUGCCUGUCUCUGUCUCUCUGCCUGUCUCUGUCUCUCUGCCUGUCUCUGCCUGUUGCUCUCUCUCUGUCUGUCUGUCGGACUGUCUGUCUCUCUUUCUCUCUCUCUCUCACUCACUCACUCACUCACUCACUCACUCACUCACUCACUCACUCACUCACUCACUCACUCACUCACUCACUCACUCACUCACUCACUCACUCACUCACUCACCUACUCACUCACUCACUCACUCACAGUAUUGGUGGUGCUGAAUCACUACAUGGCCUUCCAGUACUUUGCAGCAGAGUAUUACCCCUUCUCAGAGGUAAGCCUAGGUCACACUCUAAGGUAAGCCUAAUCUGUGUUAAUCACUCCUGAGCUCCUAUGAGCAAAGUAUUGCAGGCUACAUAUUAAUUUAUCUGUCUCCUCUCCUCACCUCCAUGUCUCCUCUCUCCUCACCUCCAUGUCUCCUCUGUCCUCACCUCCAUGUCUCCUCUGUCCUCACCUCCAUGUCUCCUCUGUCCUCACCUCCAUGUCUCCUCUCUCACCUCCAUUCCUCUGUCCUCACCUCCAUGUCUCCUCUGUCCUCACCUCCAUGUCUCCUCUGUCCUCACCUCCAUGUCUCCUCUGUCCUCACCUCCAUGUCUCCUCUGUCCUCACCUCCAUGUCUCCUCUGUCCUCACCUCCAUGUCUCCUCUGUCCUCACCUCCAUGUCUCCUCUGUCCUCACCUCCAUGUCUCCUCUGUCCUCACCUCCAUGUCUCCUCUGUCCUCACCUCCAUGUCUCCUCUGUCCUCACCUCCAUGUCUCCUCUGUCCUCACCUCCAUGUCUCCUCUGUCCUCACCUCCAUGUCUCCUCUGUCCUCACCUCCAUGUCUCCUCUGUCCUCACCUCCAUGUCUCCUCUGUCCUCACCUCCAUGUCUCCUCUGUCCUCACCUCCAUGUCUCCUCUGUCCUCACCUCCAUGUCUCCUCUCGCCUCACCUCCAUGUCUCCUCUCGCCUCACCUCCAUGUCUCCUCUGUCCUCACCUCCAUGUCUCCUCUGUCCUCACCUCCAUGUCUCCUCUGUCCUCACCUCCAUGUCUCCUCUGUCCUCACCUCCAUGUCUCCUCUGUCCUCACCUCCAUGUCUCCUCUGUCCUCACCUCCAUGUCUCCUCUCUCCUCACCUCGGUACCUCUUCUUCUCCCUGAAGGUCCUGGCGUACUUCACCAUCUGUCUGUGGAUCAUCCCCUUCUCGUUCUUUGUGUCUCUCUCGGCGGGGGAGAACGUGCUUCCAUCCACCAUGCAGCAAGGAGGUGAGCUCUAUGAUACUGUUCACCUUAUGGUUGGACCAACCAGGUCGUCUUAAUACUGUUCACCUUAUGGUUGGACCAACCAGGCCGUCUUAAUACUGUUCACCUUAUGGUUGGACCAACCAGGCCGUCUUUAUACUGUUCACCUUAUGGUUGGACCAACCAGGUCGUCUUAAUACUGUUCACCUUAUGGUUGGCCCAACCAGGUCGUCUUAAUACUGUUCACCUUAUGGUUGGACCAACCAGGUCGUCUUAAUACUGUUCACCUUAUGGUUGAACCAACCAGGUCUUCUUAAUACUGUUUACUUUAUGGUUGAACCAACCAGGUCUUCUUAAUACUGUUUACUUUAUGGUUGAACCAACCAGGUCUUCUUAAUACUGUUUACUUUAUGGUUGGACCAACCAGGUCAUCUUAAAUUCUUGUUCUAGCCCAGCACCAACGUAGCCUGGUUGCCAUUUCUGUUCAGCUAUUACAUUCCACUCCUUGCCACUCCUGCCUUUUGCCAAAGAGACUGGCCUUUUGGCAAUCUUCAAAUAUGAACAUUCUUUCAUUAAUGAGCUCGAGCAGGAUUUGAUCCUGAUUCGAUAACACUCAUAGCUAUCAUCCAAUCACAAUGUUUAUGCAAAUUAGACUGACAGGAGAACGUUCUAACUUAAUUCAUACAUUUGAUUGGAAACAUUCUAACGUUGGGCAUUCUGACGUUAUAUAUUUCAUUAUAAACUUUGGGUGCGGGGAGAACAGAGGAUUCCCGUUUCUUGCAUUUUUACCACCAGCCAAUGUGAUCGCAAAGAUUAUUUUGUAUUUUUCUUGCUCAAAAUAAGCGACCAAACUAUAUUGCUACUUCUGGGACACGCGUUGGGCUAGGCUACUGGUUCAAGAGCUAUAAGAGGAAUACAGAGAGGAUGGAAGAGGGAGAGGCUAGUGGAGAUGCCAGCGGAGAUGCAUGAAUUGCGCUAGAAGGGAACAGUGAAGGAGAAGAGACGCCAGUUUGAGGAUGACCGGGCCAACUGGGAGACCAAUCAGCGCCUGGAGCAACAGAGAAUGGAUGCCUCCAGGACUCUGGAAAAGAACAAAAUGAAGGGGAAGAUAUUUUACUCCUGAAGGAGUGUAAAUUAGAAGUUAAUUCCUAGGCUGGGCUAUUAAUCCACCAUUCGUAUGCUAGCCUAUACAUUAGGCUUAGCCUACUACGGUGAAUGUAGGUGACCAGCUGUGCCAUGCAAGCCAGAUCUUUUUUUUUUUUUUAUCUGACACACGUUUUGUGCCAAUGAAUUGAAGUUAGACAUCGCCAAAUGCAUCAGUUUAAUAUAAUGUGCAAUAAAAAAGUAUAUCAGGGUUCUACACUAACUUUUUCCACUGGUGGCACUGGUGCUACAAACUGUUUUAUUUGGUGGCACCAGCUCAUGAUUUGGUUGCACAAAUGUUUUAAUGUUUUUUUUUUUUAAAUAAUUGAUAAUGACCUGCCCUGUCCCAUAAUGUGCCUGCAUUACAUAAAAAACAGGCUAAUAAUUACUAGCCAUCUUUUAAAUUAGCAUGCCCUUGUGUUUUUACAUUGAUUUGGAUAGAUUUACUGUAACAGCAAAGAAAAUAGACUUUUUUUAAAUAAAGUGCAAAAUGUAUUUAUUGCAGACUUCAAAGUGCCUUUUGUUCUUUUCUGCAAACUCCUCUAGAGGGCAGAAUAAAAAAAAAAAGAUACUACUCUUCCUGGGGUCCACACAAAACAUGAAACAUGACAUCAUUCAGAAAAUUAAUAGUCAAGAACAGUAGCAGAUGAUUUUCAUUAGCAUCGCUAACGGCUACACAAAGUGGUAGACACACAGGCCCUACUCCCACCGCACACAGCAGGGCUCCUCAUUCAGAUACAUUUGCCAGUGGCACAACGGGCUAGUGCCAACUGAAAGCUACAGGCCUGAAUUAAAGAAAAUACUGGCAGGGUCAAGAUCUGACAGGAAAGCGAAUGAUGCGUUCAUCAUUUCAGUGGCAGGUGAUUUUAUCUUUCAUUUGCGGGCUGAGCAAGUAGCCUAUACAGGGUUGAUAUAGACAUUGGCAAGUCAAAUUUAAAGGACUUUUUCAAGCACCUAAUUGUAAUUUUCAAGGAUCUACAUUUUUAUAUUUAAUUGUUGUAAUAGCCUAAAUAAAAUAAAACAAAAUAAAAGGUAUGCAAAAAGUAUGCAUUACCACUUUUUUUUUUUAAUAGGCCUACCCAAUGGAAUUCUGAAUUGACAUUUAUUUUUACAUUCUAUGUGGGCAGAAAUGUUAAAAAACAUGUUUUUACUUUAUUUAUGGUAUUGUGUGUAAAUCUGUGAGGGGUAAAAUCUAUGAAAUCCAUUUUGAAUUCAGGCUGUAACACGACAGAAUGUGGAAUAAGUCAAGCGGUAUGUAUACUUUCUGAAGGCACUGUAUGUGUGCAGCGCGCACGUGAUAAAUAAUCGACAUAACGAACUAACGGCUUCGGGAAUCAAUCAGUAAAAAAAAAAAUAUAUUGUAUAGCCUAGAUUUAAAAAUAGCAUUAUUACAAUAUUAUUUUCACUGGCGCAAGCGGGCCACUGAUGGGGAUGAUCGACUGGCCCGGAGGGUUUCCAAAACCGGGCAGCCCUGUAUGUCGAGCCCUGACACACACAGAAGGGCAUUCCCGUGUCGUUGUUGCCUCUUUAGACAGUUGGUUUGUUUUUGGUCAAUUGCACAUUACUGUUUGAAUAAAUCAUGAUAAUAAAACAAAUUAAGCAAAUUCACUGGCACACUUUUGAACAAUUUAAAAAAAGUGUGUCGCACUGCCAAGUCAAACGGUCACAAAUUUGGUCGUAUUGAACCCUUUAUAGUGCCUAGGCCUAUUUAACGAAACCCUUGCUGUUUACGUAGGCAACCGAUGGCAAAGCAGGGAAUCCCCAAUUCCCCACUGAUCUCCUUUUUGGAAAUGGCAAGUUCACUUUCUCAUCCGUAAACGCAUAUCAAGUGCAAGUACGCUGUCCAGCAGCUUACAUCAGCAGGAUGGAGGGCCUUUUCAUUAGGAGGGAAGACUACUGUGGAUAGCUAAAAUAAUGAUAAUGAUCACAUUUCCUCCAUUUUUAGAUUAGGCCUAUGGGGACACGUAUACAUUUGGCAACCACGCAAGCCUUUUGUCAUCUAGACAUGAUGUUGAAAUAUCUUCACACCUAGAAUUAAAAACCACCAGGCUUCCAACCGCCUUGGACUCAAUUGAAUGAAAAAAAUUAAUAAAGGCCUACUUUCUGAUGGACUACAGCCAAGAUUUGAAGCUGAGCCUAGAUUUUGAAUAGGUUUUUAGGAAAGGAGAAAUGUGAUUUGUUUGCGUCUGAGAUGGGCUGGUGGCUUUGAUGGUUCCUUUUAUGGUGUGUGUGCGAGCUCGCUAAUUCUCUCUAGGCCUAUGUCCAUUCAGAAAGUUUCCUAGAGUAGCCUGUCCGGACUCCAUCUCUUAAGAGAGGAGGGACAAAUAAUAGGACUGAAAUGAGCAUAACAAAAUUUUAAAAAUGUAAGCAAGUCAUGAUGAUCAGCAUAUGUGCGAGGAAUGACAGCAGGUGCCAGUUUUGCAUUUCAUUCCUCUCAUUUAAUGGGAUGCAACUGAAGCAAAAUAUAGCUCAAUUGAAUCUUGUAGGCUAAUAUGUUCUGUAUCAUCAUUACUCUCUCUCAUUAUGGAGUCCUCUCUAGCCGCUUUGAACAACAUGAUCUUGCAUUGACACUGCCUUCUCACAAGCAUGUCGUAACUGAAAUUGUAAUUGUUGUUCUUAACGUUCUAACUCUAUAUUGCGCCAAAUUUGCGCGCAUCUCAUGUUCCAUAACGUUGUCAUGGAAAAUAUGAAUGUUGUUUCCAACUACAAAUCAGCAACUGCACCUUAAAUCCAGCUGCAUAUUGAACGUUGAGAUUGCCGAAAGGCCAGUCUCUUUGGCAAAUGACAGGAGUGGCAAGUAGUGGAAUGCUAGCUAAAAAGACUGGUACCCAGACUAGCACCAACACACCUGAUUCAACCAAAUCACCAAGCCCUUGAUUAGUUGAUUCAGGUGUGCCAGGAUUGGAAAAACACUGUUAUAAAAUAUUGUCAUUUUCACAAACUGAAUUGGUCAGUUCCUUUUUUCUUUUUCUCACCCUCUAGAUGACGUGGUCUCAAAUUACUUCACCAAGGGCAAGAGGGGCAAGAGGUCCGGCAUCCUGCUCAUCUUCUCUUUCCUCAAGGAGGCGGUGUUGCCUAGUCGACAGAAGAUGUACUGAUGCUCUACCUGGG